UUCAAACCUGCACAGUUAAAAAAUCGUCAUCCUCUCUGCCGCAAUCGCCGCAGUCUGUUCACUUCUUUGAAAAAUCUUUACUGCUCAGCCGCAUUUUGAGCCUUUGGGAUCCACCUUCUUGUACACUUUUCUAGUUUUCCUGAAGCUGCAACAAACUCCUAAAACAAAAACAUGCUGCCUGCAACCUUCAAGCUGUGUGCUGGCAUCUCGUAUCGGCACACAAGGAACAUGACAGGUUUAAGGAAGAAUGCCGUUGUGGCCAUUCACCACGAACUUAACAGACUGGCAGGUCCGGGUCCCAGUAGCUGGAUCCGCCAGGUCCGCCGACGAAGCUCCCUCCUCAGUUCUCGGAUCGAAGAAGAGGAAGGGUACAACGAGGAGGAGAUAUCUUACCUGAAGCAAGGUGAGGAUGCCCUGCAGAAGGCCAUCAGCAUCCUCAGCGAACAAGACGGUUGGACCAUUGAAACCAUGGCCGCAAACGGAGACAAAGUCCUGAGUAAAGUGCUGCCUGACGUUGGGAAGGUGUUCAAGCUGGAGGUGAUGUUGGAGCAACACCCUGACAAUCUUUACAAGGAGUUGGUGGGAAAUAUGGAGCAGAUGGGAGACUGGAAUCCUAACGUCAAACAGGUUAAGAUCCUUCAAAAGAUCGGCAAGGACACGAUGGUUACGCAUGAGGUCGCUGCGGAGACACCUGGCAAUGUGGUGGGACCGAGGGACUUUGUCAGUGUCCGCUGCGCCAAGCGCCGGGGCUCCACCUGCUUCCUGGCAGGAAUGUCAACUCAGCACACCAACAUGCCCGAGCAGAGGGGCGUGGUGAGGGCGGAGAAUGGCCCUACCUGCAUAGUCAUGAAGCCAUGCCCCGAAGACCCAAAUAAAACCAAGUUCACCUGGUUACUUAGUAUAGAUCUCAAGGGCUGGAUCCCAAAAACGAUCAUAAACAAAGUGCUCUCUCAGACGCAAGUGGACUUUGCCAACCACCUCAGGCAAAGGAUGGCUGCUAAUGUUUCUGAGGAGGUGGCGCACGCCUGCUGACACCCGUUAAAAAAGAAGUCAGCUCGUCAGCUCAUAACUGCUGAGACGAUACGAAAAUCCAGAGUGUAUGAAGGAGAUCAGCUGAAGAUGAUGCUUGUCUGAGAGCGUAGAUCGAUGUAUGUUUUCCUUGCCCUUCUUAGUAGACUGUGAUUCUGUCAUGAGAUUCUGAUUUCUGACACAUUGAUUCAUAUCUCUCCACUCUACAUUAGCAGCUACAUUCCUUCUGGUAACACACCAGUUAUUGUUCCUCCUUCUGCCAUGAAGUUGCACUUUUAUUUCAAUGUUUUAUUUAUUGAUGCUGCCAAGAUGCAUUACAUUUCAAUGACCACAAAGUGAACAAACGAGUGCCAUGUCUUUGCUAUUUAUGUUUUUAUGCUUGCUGCUGGGAAAGCGUCAUGGAGAAUGAUUACUCUGCCCUUUCCUGAAUAAAAGCCCAUUAAAAAAAUUCAGUGAUCA